AUGAUCCUAACUUUCUAUGUAUAAGGCAAAAGGCGCACAACCACUUGUGUAUGGGUAAACUAACGGUUUCAAGAGGUGUGUGAGUUACACUUGAUGUAAAGAGCGCGUAGUGUAAUAAAGACGGUCCAGACCAAUCAGGCAAAGACAAGGAGCAGCACACUUGUCUUCUCUUCCUCUACGGUGAUUCGUUAGCCUCCGUGGCCACAAUCUCCUCCUCCUCCUUCUUUUUCGCUUUCUGAUUUCGGAUAAACUCUCUCUUUCUUUGCUCCUCUUUUGAUUUGGAGAUAUGUUUUUUUUUUCUUUCUGUAAUUUCUCAGAGAAAGUUUCAAACUUUCUUGCUUCUGAUGUCACAUUUGGUGAUUAAACUCCUCGAAAGUGUUGAGCUUUCUUAUGCAGGAGAGUUACAAAAAUUACAAGACUUUUAUCAUCCUGUCUCCUCAGAGACAAAACCACUGCCAAGGCUGUUCUGAAGCUCAUGAAUGCUGAGGGCUUGACGAUCUUAUCAUGUACAAAGUAAAUUACAGAUUAGCUGGUGAGAAGAAGAAUGUUAACUCAGAGGAAAAGAAACUGGCUUUGAGUAACAGUGAAGCUGAUGAGAAAGAAAAAAAGAAAGGGGCAAUGCAAUUAACUGAAGUUCUGCAUAUGCAGAUGGAAGUUCAAAAGCAAUUGCAUGAACAACUUGAGAUCAACGUGCAGGUGCAACGGGUGCUUCAGCUACGAUUACAAGAGCAUGCUAAUUACUUGGGAAAAGAUGUUGGAAAAACAACUCAAAGCCGGAAGGCUAAUUUGUUGUUCUUCAUCUGCAUAGAACCUAGCUUCUGAAUCCGAACACGAUAAAUGUGAAUCCAACAAUGCUGAGUUUGAACAUCCUGAGAGAGAUGGCAGGUUUCUUCAAAUAUGGUUUGCUGUCUCUCUUCUUAUCCGAGAGACUCGACGCUUAGACUCAGACUCAGGUGAAUCUUUGAAUCAUGGACAUUCAUGAUCAUGGAGUUUGGGUGAACGAAAACGAAAGGCGUGUUAGAUGCAAACACUGCGGUAAAGAAAUGACUGGCUUGAACCGUCUCAAACGUCACUUGAGUGGUACAAGUAGCCGUAUGACUCCCUGUACUCAAGUUACACCGACCAUUAGAGAGGCGUUUCGUGAUGAGGUUACUAAGGAAGAGUUUGAUCUCACCGCUGCUAAGAGUAAAAGAGCUGGGGAAGUCCAAAUGGGUAAUGAUCAUAAGCGUGGAAGAGAAGAAGAAGAAGAGGAUUCAUCCAGAAAAAAUGAAUCUGCUGAGAACGAGUUCUUGUUGUUAAACAAAGCUCAAAAGUGCAUUGGUCGGUUCUUUUAUGAACACUGUUUCGAUUUUUCAUCUGUGGAUUCCCUAAGCUUCAGAGAAAUGAUUGCUGCAACGUCUCUUGUAGGUGAGAUUAAGAUCCCUGAUUCUGAAGAAUUAAACGGACCGAUGCUUCAAGAAGCGGUGGCGGAAGUGCAAGAUCAUGUGAACAAGAUUAAAGACUCAUGGGCCAUCACAGGCUGCAGCAUCUUGCUGGAUGCUUGGGUUGAUCAGAAAGGCCAUGAUAUGGUUACUUUCGUCGCAGACUCUCCAGCUGGUCCAGUGUAUCUGAAAUCCUUCUAUGUUUCUGAUAUCAAGAAAGACGUCAAUGCCUUAACGUCGCUUGUAUAUGGGGUUGUUGAGGAUGUUGGAGUGCACAACGUGGUUCAGAUCAUUGCUUGUUCAACCUCUGGCUGGGUUGGUGAGCUAGGCCAGUCUUUUAAGAGCAACAACCUAAACGUCUUCUGGUCCGUGAGUGUAUCCCACUGCUUUAAUCUCAUGCUGGUGGAAAUUGAGAAAAUGGAUUCAUUUGGAGACGUACUUGACAAGGUCAGUAACAUCACAGAGUUCAUCAACAACAACCCCUUGGUUUGGGAACUUUUCAAAGAUCCUACUCAUGGAACAGACAUGACAGUCUCCUCCUCUGAGUUUGAGUUUGUCACGCCGUAUCUCACUGCUGAGAACAUUCUCAAAGCCAAGAACAACUUGGAAGCCAUGGUUGCUUCUCUAGAUUGGAACAAAGAAGAAGGCACAACAGUGUCCACACUGGUGAAGGAUUCUUCCUUUUGGGAAUGUGUUGAGAGGCUUGUGAAGUCCACAUCUCCUCUGAUUCGCAGUCUACACUUGUUCUCUACUGUCUACAACAGUCAGCAUGCUGGAUAUGUCUAUGACACUAUGGAUGGGAUCAAGGAGAGUAUAGCCAAGGAACUCAACAACGAGGAACAAUGUUACAAGCCGUUGUGGCAUGUGAUUGAUGAUGUCUGGAACAACCAUCUUCACAGUCCUCUUCAUGUUGCCGGUUACUUUCUGAACCCGGCUGCUUUCUACUCGACUGAGUUUCAGAAUGACACAGAAGUUACAACUGAUUUGAUCUCAGCUUUGGGUUAUUUGGUACAAGAAUGUUGCGUUGUAGCUAAAAUUGGCAGACAGCUUAAGAUGUAUAGGCUCGGUAAAGGUUGCUUUAAUGAGGCCAGUCAAGCUGAUCAGGUCACUGGAGUCAUUCCAGGUGAGUGGUGGGCUCAGAAGGCGAGCGAGCACCCAGAGCUGCAGAGUUUCGCCAUUAAAGUUCUGAGUCAGACAUGUGAAGGUGCUUCGAGGUACAAGCUGAAGAGAAACGUAGCAGAGAAGCUGCUGCUCAGCAAAGGAGUGAGCCCUUGUGAGAAACAGCAUUUGGAAGAAUUGGCAUUUGUUCAUUACAAUCUUCAUCUGCAAAGCUCAAAGCUGCAAAGCCAAACUAAGUAAAGAGAAGUGAAGGAGAUUGUGCUGCAAAGACUUUUGUAUGGACUGACCCGUUAAGCUUCUUUUUUUUUGUGGAUGUGCAUAUUUUAGUUUUUUAGUUUGUGUAUUCAUCAAAGCUCAUUUUUUGAUACAAUGCUAAUGUAAACUCAUAUUUUGAAUCAAUGCUAAUCGACCAGAUAUAUUAUAUGUGA